CAGCUUUAAUUCUCCCUAUUAGACCAUUCCAGACGUUGAAUUCAAACCAAAACAAAACAAAACGCUCUUUGACUUUCUGCGCAAUGUCUUUGCCAGUGAAGAACGCACUUUCCCAAUAUACGUCACUUUCGAUAAUUACACACUAAUUCUGGUAACCUCCUCCUCCUCUUUUUUUAGCAGCCCUCUAUCUGGAAUUCUUCAAAUUUGCCCUUUUUAAUUGAUUUUCGGCCUUGUUUAUGCACCAAAUUCAGAUGGGUUUAGUCCGUUUGGCUUCGUUUUGUAUUAAAUUCGAUGAAUUGUAGUAUGUUUUUGGAAAUGGCGCCUUGUUCUGGUCUCUCGUUAUCGGAAGAUGCUUUUUUUUUGGGCUCUAGAAAGGUAACACCGCCACUCCAAUAGUUGCUUCCUGCGCUGCUCUAGAAAGGAUAUGGUGUUUGAUGCUUAAUGCUUAUUUCUCCAGUCCUGUUACUCUUAUUCUGUGCUUUGGAUGCGUCUGAACUCAUUUCAGGAUUUAGUAAUUGAAGCAAUUAAGGUCUAAAUUCAUUCUGUUGUGCUGUUUCAUUUUGAAUUUUGGAAUUAGUGGUGUUCGUCUUCUAUGGUAACCUUGUAAACCAACCCGUGAAAUCUGCUUCUGUUUUGUUGGAAUGGAGUCUGGGGAUUUGGUUUGGGAUAGUGAAAAGAACACCGGUUCGGAAAGAAAUUUUGAGGGUUCUGUUGGAGUUCUUGAUGUUUACAUUCAUGAAGCUAGGGAUAUCCACAAUAUAUGCAUUUACCAAAAUCAGGAUGUGUAUGCCAAGCUGUACUUGACUAGUAAUCCAGAAAGAACAGUUGCAUCCCGAAUCAUUAACCGUGGGGGGAGAAAUCCGGUUUUUGAUGAAAAUGUUAGGUUAAAUGUGGAGAAGAUUGAGUCGUCACUGAAGGUUGAGAUUUGGAUGCUUAGUAGGGUGAGGAAUUACUUAGAAGAUCAGCUGUUGGGAUUCACGUUAGUGCCCCUCUGUGAUGUCCUCAUUGAGAAUGGAAAACCUGCAAGGGAAUUUUCACUUACUUCCAGUGAUUUGUAUCAUGCUCCGGCAGGUUUUGUACAACUAACUCUAACAUAUACCGGUGCAUCAUCAGAAGUUCUUGAAAUCCCGGCACCACUCAAUGUGCUUAAUGGGGGGAGCGUUAAUAAAGAGACAGGAGUUGAUGAUGACAUUCCCUGUGAACUUUUUGAUAAAAUUGAGUUUCCAGAUCCAGAGAUAAUGAAUGAAAAUGAGCAGAUGGCUUCAGAGUAUUUCGAGAUUCCAUGUCCGGUUUUGGAUUGCAAUAGCACAGAUCAGUCUCUCCCUCAUCAAGGACAUGAUAAUCAGGCUUCUUGCAAUCAAGCUGUUUGUCCAGGAGUUGAUAUUGGUUCUCAAGGUGACAUUAAUUCCCUGAAUGCUGAAACUCCACCGGCUACAUCAGAAGCUGCAAUGAGUCAGCCUGGUAAUGUACCUGCAAACCUUUCCCCCGAGGCUAAAGCAUCAGGCCUUCCUGGAUUGAAGAAUCAGGAUACCAUCUCAGAAUUGGGGAACAGAAGUAUUUCUUCAUCAGAAGUGAAUAGGGUGCCACCUGAAGCACCAAUAGCUAAGCCUCUUAUCAAUGUGAGCAUUGAACAAGAACCAAAAGUAGUUCAAGAAGAGAUAGUUGAGAUGUAUAUGAAGAGCAUGCAGCAGUUCACUGAGACUCUUGCAAAGAUGAAGCUUCCUGCAGAAUUUGCCAAAGCUUCCAGCAACGAAAGUUCAGAUGACAAUUCCAGUAAUUCUAGCUUUGGUGAGAAGCCACAUGCAGCAGCGUCCAAGGGCAACGAACCUAGUCCAAGGGUCUUCUAUGGUAGCAGAGCUUUCUUCUGAAUCAUAAUAGACUGAUCCUUUGUUUACCUUUUUUUUUUUUUCUUAUUUCAAUGUAGACUAAUCAAACACCAAACAGGCUGGCAUUUUUAUUUUUUUUUAAUGUUUCACACCUAAAGCUUGUUUACUUUGUUUCAUAGGAACAUAGUAAUUGGUAUGCAGCAAAUGUAGAACAGCAUCUGGUAAAUAACAUCUGCUCCUCAUAUAUUGUUGGGAUUCCUAGUGUCCCAAAUAACAAUAGUGAUGAAAGUCUAUAAGAUGCAUCUUCUCUCUUUGGUGAGUUGUGUUCUGUAUUAUUUUCUAUUUUUUGUUUUUAUGAAUCAUCUUCCCUAUUGUGUGUUCUGUGUUAAAAAAGACAUGCAAAGUCAAUCUCAAUACUCAGGUGCAUGGACUUCUCCAUUUGAAAAGGUUCUGUGCAAGAUUCCCACUUUCUUCUUUCAUCUUAUCGUGGGAGAUUCUCAUUCAAUGAUUUCCAAGUUUCCAUUCUCACCUUAUUCCUCAUACCUUCAAGCUCUGAUCCAAUGAUCCUGAUUCCUGAGAGUAGGUGUCCAUGAGUGUGGGAGGGCUUCAUGUGCUUUCAAUGUUUCAAUACGUUCUAAGGUUUUGAGAUCCCAAACUAGAAGAUUUCGUUAAGAAGCGUAAAGAUUAGGAUAACAAUGGUUGAAAGAGAG